AUGCUCGGACUCAAUGACUACGGGAGCAGCGACGAGGACGAAGCGCCUCUAUCGAAGGCACCUCAGCAGACGAACACCCAUAAUAGCCUCCCCACUGAGGGCGCCGCGCCCAAGACACAGCAGGAUGCGCAACCCCGGCCUCCACCCCCAACACCCGCCCAGCAGCCCCUCGCGCCCACCAAACCAACACCACCUCCAAACGACGCACCUGUCCCAGGACCAACACAACCUCCCACCACCGCACCCACACUAGGUCCCCCACCCGGCCCAAUCCCGCAACCUCAAGACAUACCCGCACAUUCCAUCACCUCCGCUUUCUCAUCCCCUCGCCCAGCCGACCCCCACGGCUCAGCACCAGCCUCAGCGCCCCAAUCACCACACUCCACAACCCGGACCCAAAUCCACAACCUCACCCUCCCUCCCCGUGCAGACUUCACGAUCCCAGACUCCCCGCCCGACACCCCCCCUCCCAGCACCGCCUCCAAAUUCGGCCACUUCCUCGCCCUCAAAGCAGCAGGCACGCACUUCAACGCGCGCAUCGCCUCGACCCCAUCGCUACGGAACCCGAGCCUGCUCGCCAAGCUGCUGGACUUCGCAGGCAUCAGCCAGGAAGAGAGCUACGCCAGCACGCUGGGCGAGGACAGCGGCGGCGUGCCGGCCAUCUACCCGCCCGAAGCCUACGCCGACAGCCUGCAAGGCUCGCAGAGCGCCAUUACCGCGCAGCGGGACGAAGCCGCGCGGAAGGCGGGGAGGGAGAAGGUCGACUUUGUGCCGGCUGCUCCGGGUGCUGCUGUAGGAGCGGGAGCGGGGGGGCCAGCGGGAGCAGGAGGGCCAGUGGGGGGAGGAUUAGGCGGGGCAACCUCGAACACAACCAGCAGAGUCAGCACGCCGGGCAGUACUGCAGGCGGCAGAGCCGCGGGCCGGGGCGGCGGUGUGGGACGGGAGAAGGGCAGGGUGGCGACUGUGAGGGAUGGGAGGGGGAGGUGGGAUGAGGAGAGGAGAGCUGGGAAACGGUCGAGGACUGGGUCGCGGUCGCCGAGGCGGUGA